AUCGAAGUUAGCUAGCCAAAAGUUUAUUGCUAGCUAGGUUAGCAAAGUGCCGAAUUUAUAGCUAAUAAAUAUAAAGUUGUAGAAUAAAACUGGACUUUUAUUUACCGUCGAUGUAUCGAAAAGGGGAGUAAAACCAUUGUUCGAACUGGACCGCCUAACGUUUCUCAGAGUCCCAAUCCCUGCACUGAAUAAUUUCAGAGGGCUGCUGAGGAGAGCCGUGCUGGCGCUGCCAAGCCAAGCUCAAACUGUAGCCUCACGGACUGACGGACAACACUGUCUGAGGAUCUCUCUCUGUCAUUCCUGGGGCUAUGUGUCGGCUUUAGAGCAGUCGAAGGUCAAUCAGUCAAAGGCGAGCACAAUUUUACUGUAAAGGUGAAUUUUAGGAUUUUGUUCUCAAGACUAUUUCUCCUGGACCAUCAGAUGUUUUUCACUUUUUGUUUUUCAUCGUCACAAUUUUUCAGAUUUAAACUGGGAUCGUCCCACUUAUAAAUCUUCAAUGGAUUCCAUUGGCUCUUUGGUUAGCAUUCGAGAUGAGGACCAGUCCUAUCAUGUCCGCUACAGGAUGGAGGCGUCCUGCCUGGAGCUGGCCCUGGAGGGGGAGCGGCUCUGUAAGGUGGGCGACUACCACGCCGGGGUGUCCUUCUUCGAGGCAGCCAUCCAGGUUGGCACAGAGGACCUGCAGGUGUUGAGUGCCAUCUACAGCCAGCUGGGCAACACAUACUUCCAUCUGCACGACUACGCCAAGGCGUUGGAGUUCCACCACCACGACCUCACCUUGACCAGGACCAUCGGGGACCAGCUGGGAGAGGCUAAAUCCAGCGGUAACCUAGGCAACACAUUGAAGGUGUUGGGUAGGUUUGAUGAGGCUGUGGUCUGCUGUCAGAGGCACAUCGACAUUGCCAUGGACCUGCACGACAAGGUGGGGCAGGCGAGGGCACUGUAUAACAUUGGGAACGUGUAUCAUGCAAAAGGCAAGAGCAUCUGCUGGAGCGGGGCGGAGCCAGGAGAGUUCCCCGAGGAGGUCACGACUGCACUUAGGAAAGCAGCGGAAUACUAUGAAGCAAACUUAUCCAUAGUGAAGGAGCUUGCAGACCGGGCCGCCCAGGGCCGAACAUAUGGUAACCUUGGCAACACACACUACCUGUUAGGAAACUUCCGGAAUGCAGUGGCAUCACAUGAACAGCGCCUCCAGAUUGCCAAGGAGUUUGGCGACCGCUCAGCAGAGAGAAGGGCCUACUGCAACCUGGGGAACGCGUAUAUAUUCCUGGGGGAAUUUGAAGUGGCAGCCGAGCAUUACAAGAGGACUCUGCAGCUGGCCAGACAGCUGAAGGACCGGGCUGUGGAGGCUCAGGCCUGUUACAGUCUGGGCAACACCUACACACUCCUCCAGGACUACGAGAGGGCCAUAGACUACCACCUCAAACACCUGAUCAUAGCACAGGACCUCAACGACAGGAUUGGUGAGGGCCGGGCUUGCUGGAGUUUAGGGAACGCUCACACCGCCCUGGGGAACCAUGACCAGGCCAUGCACUUUGCUGAGAAACACCUGGAGAUCUCCAAAGAGACUGGUGACCGGAGCGGGGAGCUGACGGCCCGUAUGAACGUGUCAGACCUGCAGAUGGUGCUGGGGCUGAGCUACAGCACCAACAACUCCACCCUGUCUGAGAACCCCAUCAAGGACAUAGACUACAACCUGCACGGAGCCAGGCCCAGGAUGGGACGGAGACACAGCAUGGAAAACCUGGAGCUCAUGAAACUCACCCCAGACAAGAUCAAUGCUCAGAAGUGGAUCAGUAACAUCCUGACCAAGCAGUCUAAACCCACCCUGGCUAAGAGCUCCUCCAAGCUGUUCUUCGUCAGCCGUCUGCGGGGGAAGAAGCACAGGGCUGGGGGCUCCAGUAAAGUCCUGCAGGACACCAGUAACACCCGCCAGACCCAUGCACAGGGACCACAGAAGAGGGCCAGUCCAGACAUGCUCGGGGACGAGGGCUUCUUUGACCUGCUGAGUCGUUUCCAGAGUAACCGGAUGGACGACCAGCGCUGUUCCAUACUGUCAGUCAGUACCAGCUCUGACUCUCCACCCAGAGCCAUGAGGAAAUCAAUGUCAGAGGCGGCCGCAGAAGCAGGCCUGGGCUCUGGGUCUGGUGCCCAGGGUUGCCGGUUGGAGGAAGGUGGAGGUGCUAGGGGUAGUUUGCCCGGCCUUCGGCUCAACCAGCACAGCAGCCAGGCUGUCCUCAGCCACCUGAUGGCUAACGCAGACAACACUGAGCCUGACGACGACUUCUUUGACAUGCUCGUCAAAUGCCAGGGUUCCCGUCUGGAUGACCAGCGCUGCGCCCCUCCCCCGGCCCGUGGCCCCACCGUCCCAGACGAGGACUUCUUCAGCCUCAUCAUGAGGUCCCAGGCCAAACGCAUGGAUGAGCAGCGGGUCACCCUGCCCUCCGCAGCAGGCUCUGCAGCACGCCCCUGCUCCAACUGAGCCUUGCCCAGGGAGAGGACCCCAACAGCGGGGUGAAAACCCAGGAGACGGGGCUUCUGGAGGAAAACAGUGUGGAAGUUUCGUCCGCUUGUGGAGAUGAAGACAUUGAUACUGUACUCAACAGUGGAUGGGGCUAUUUUACAUAUACUAUACAUGGUUGUUGGUGGGAUUCAGAAGCCCAAUUUCCCAGUUGAAAGCACUGCCAGCAUGAAUGUAGUAGCCUAUAGGGAACAAUGCAACAUUCAAAAAUUCUAAAGGAACCCACUGAUGGUUCUAGACUAUGGAACCAGCUGUCUCCAUUUUUCCUAAUGACUAAGAUUCUACCUUGUACUCUUCUUUCUGGAACUGUACUAGACAUGUAAAACUGCACAAACGAACAUGAACUAACAUAUCAGACGAGUAGGUUCAGGGCACUACUGUUUUUAAUAAUUGUAAAUUUUUGUAUAAUUAUGUACUCUAUAGAAUAUAUCUUUAGAUACAUGCGUCAUGACUGCAGUUUUGUUUGUAUUUAUUGUACCUUUUUUUUCAGAAUGAUUUUGUUUUAUUUAGCUCUUGCAUACUGCCGUUUCACUUCCCCUUGUGGCUUGAUGUGGUUGGUUUGAUUUUACACCAGAUUUUUCUGAUGUAGACUAGACUUAAAGACGGGUACAGCACUAUAUUUCAUGUGUUUUUGAAUUGUCUAUAUGUGUAUAUUAGAAGUUGUGGUUAUGAAUGGAGGGUGGGUGGGGAUACCUCAUUUAGGUAAACAAAAAAAAGCUCUUUCAGCCUAAACCAUCUUUGAUAAAAGAAUGAAUUCACCAAUAAGUGUGUACAGUCCCUGAUGCUCUUUUGUACUUCCUAUAUUUUUUAUGAGAUCAGAGGAAUAAAGCCUCAUUUAUUUAGUAUAUAAAUCAUUAUU